CUGUUCCGGGCAGUGAGUGAGUUGUUUCUUGUCUUCUUGAGCCUCUUUAGGCUUUUUUCUGGUUUUGUUCUUGCGCAUGCGCUCAAGGAGAAUAUCAAUCUUUCUCUCUUCUCUUCAGCUUCUGUUCGUUUGCAGCAGAACAGAACAGAGAAUAUCAAAUCCUAACAAAGGACAAGGAGAGAGAGAGUGUGGCUAUUUCAGCGGCCGUCUAAGUUUGAAACUUUGGCAUAUUUUAAUGACACCCAGUCAUUAAAAAUUAAGACUUUGGUAGUCAUCUUCUCCUUGUUCUCAUUCUCCCGUCCUUGUCCGUUCUCUCCCGUCAACGUUGCCUCUUUCUCUUCAAGUUUUCAAAUAGUGGCUGAUGACGCCGGAGAAGGAGAAGGAGAAGGAGAAGGAGAAGGAGAAAGAAGAGGAUCAGGUGGUUCUUGAUGCAGGGAUGAAGAGGUACAGAAAUGGAGAAAUCUGGGAGUUUGAGGAUGACAUGGGUGUGUCAGAUGGCGGCACUGGAGUCUUGUUGGGUUUGGAUGGUGGCACAACGUCCACUGUUUGCAUUUGCAUGCCCAUGGUUCCCUUUUCUCACUCUCAGCUCCAAUCCCUUCCCAUCCUUGCUAGGGCUGUUGCUGGUUGCUCCAAUCACAAUAGUGUUGGAGAAAUUGCUGCAAGGGAAACGAUAGAGCAGGUUAUGGCAGAUGCCCUUUCAAAGUGUGGUUCGAAACGAUCUGCAGUUCGAGCUGUUUGUUUGGCUGUAUCUGGUGUUAACCAACCAACAGAUCAACAAAGAAUUCUCGGUUGGCUUAGCGAUAUAUUCCCAAGCCAUGUGAGAUUAUAUGUUCGGAAUGAUGCUGUGGCUGCUCUGGCUAGUGGAACAAUGGGUAAACUUCAUGGUUGUGUAUUAAUUGCCGGCACAGGGAGCAUUGCUUACGGAUUUACUGAAGAUGGAAAAGAGGCAAGGGCUGCAGGUGCAGGACCUGUCUUAGGUGACUGGGGCAGUGGAUAUGGAAUAGCUGCACAGGCGCUAACUGCAGUAGUAAGAGCACAUGAUGGUCGUGGUCCAAGUACAAUGCUUACAAGUAGUAUAUUACAAUCGCUUGGUCUUUCAUCCGCAGAAGAAUUAAUUGGAUGGACCUAUGCAGAUCCAUCUUGGGCCCGCAUUGCAGCACUUGUUCCAGUUGUAGUGACUUGUGCAGAGGCUGGGGAUGAGGUUGCAAAUAAGAUCUUGCUAGAAUCUGUUCAAGAGCUAGCUUCAAGUGUCAAAGCUGUUGUAGAGAGACUUGGAUUGUGUGGUCAAGAUGGAAAUAGUGCCUUUCCCCUUGUUAUGGUUGGUGGGGUUCUCGAAGCAAAUAGGAGGAGGUGGGAUAUAGGAAAAGAAGUAAUGAAUUGCAUUUCCAAAUACUUUCCUGGGGUAAUUCCCAUUAGACCAAAGGUGGAGCCUGCUGUGGGUGCGGCAUGGUUAGCUUGGAAUUUUUUCAUGAAAGAUUAUCAGAAGGCCUAUGCUUAGUUUCUUGAUGAUUAGAAGUGUAAUUACUCAAUGCCAAAGUGUGAAAAUCAUAUAGUUAAUUUACCAUCCAAAAUCUAUAUUGUUGUCAUUAUAUUAGCUCAUGGCACGUGGUAGGCUUAGUUUCUUCUGCCUACCAUAAGUUCGUACCUAUGCUUGUGUAAAUGAUUCAUAGUGGCAUAAACACGAAAGAGAAAUGUCUUCGUUGUCGUAUAAUUUUUAUUUUUUUUUAUCAUUAAUUGUUGUUAGAGAAUCAAGAUUAGCAUUUUGGCACCGUUAAUGGCUACGUAUAUAAUGUGAUUUCA